CCGUAGGACUAGCGCACUAUACUCACUAUGGCAUCCACCGCAGCACGGACUCUCUUAGUGCUUUUCGUUACCUUCUGUGCAUCGAGUCAAGCCGACAAGCCCAUGCGACCGCGGAACGUGAAGCUGACGUCAGUGGACAAGGGCCUGAGGGUGAGCUGGGAACCUCCCAAUGAGCUGGACGGUCGCCCGGUGGACCGGUACACCAUCAGCUACGGAAAGUCCAUGAGGACACUGCGCUUCAUCAAGGUGGACAAGGACAGACGCUCCGAGGUACUGGAGGAUGUAGAGCCCGGAGUUCUGCACUUUCUGAAGAUGAGUGCCGAGAACGAGGAGGGGAUCAGCAAACCAGUCUACAGAGCAGAGACGCCAGGAGGUGGUGAAUGGGUCAAACUGGACGGCUUUGCAGUGGUGGGCGGAGCACCUGUCAACGCAUCCUCUCCAGCUCGUCCAUCUCCUACUCCAGACACCCGGCCCAGGCCUGACCCCCCUGUGAGGAUCCAUGUGAGGACAGGAACAGAAACAGGGGUAGAUGAGGCACUGCACCCCUCAGGCCUAACCUCCCCCAGGGGGCAGCGGAUCCGGAGACCCCCCCAGUCGUCCUCCGGCCCUCGUCAACCAGAGAGGGCCAGGGCAGGGCCAGCCCUGCUGGACCAGAGGUCCCAACAUCAACAACACCACACCCAGCCACAGGCAGACCAGAGAAACAGACACAACCACAAACUAGCCUCUGAGUCCGUCUAUGUGGUAUCACUGCAAGCACAGAGAGCAACGGGGCGGAGCGCGCCAAGCAACAGGGCCACCCUGACCAAAAAAGCUCCACCAGAGCCUGAGGAGCAUGAGGCCAAAGACAUCAGCGUGAGGGUCAUGUCCCCUCAGUCUGUCCUCAUCAGCUGGGUGGACCCGUCCAUCGAGAUGGAGAAGGUCCUCCCUGGGGGCUCCAGACACUACACAGUGAAGUACAGGGAGAAGGGUGAGUCUGCUCGAUGGGAGUACAAGGAGACCAACCAGAGGAGGCUGCUGAUAGAUACCCUGUCAGCUGACAGGAUGUACGAGUUUUCUGUCCGCAUCUCCAAGGGAGACAACCAUGGCAAGUGGAGCACAUCUGUGUUCCAGAGGACCCCAGAAUCGGCUCCCUCCGGUCCUCCAGAGAACUUUCACGUGAAGGCGCUGAGAGGGAAGGGAACCGCCGUCUCGGCGACCUGGGACCCUCCUGAGGAACCCAACGGGAGGAUACGUGAGUACAUCAUGUCCUAUGCUCCUGCCAUGAAACCCUUUGGGAUGAAGUCAGUGACAUACCGAGGCAGCAUCACCUCAGCCAUCGUAGACGGCCUCCAGCCUGGGGACCGUUACAUCUUUAAGAUCAGGGCCACCAACAGGAGGGGCCAGGGCCCUCAAACCAAAGCCUUCAGUGUGGCCGUACCUCGUGGCACCACCAACAACGCUGCCUCCCUGCCAACUCAUCACUCCAAGAGCCAGGGAGGCCGUAGAACCAGCCACACACCUUCUCGGACCACCGAACAGGACAGUUACCAUGACGAUGACACCGACCUCCAAUUAGACACCGUGACCGAACAGCUGACCACACCCACCCAGACCACAUCCUCCCCGUCCGCCACCAGACGGACACGCCCACUCACCCAGACACGCUCCUAUCACAGCAUCUUCUCAGAUGUGAGGGGCACGGUCAGGAAGGGGGCGACCAAUCAGCAACUAGGAGGCGGUACCUCUUCAGCCAGAGACAAGGGGAGAGAGACAGAAACAGAGAAUGAACAGGAGGAGGAGUACAAAACAACAGAACCCAAUCCAGAAGAACAGAAGAAGGAGAGGCUCACUAACGAGGCUCUGGAGGAGAAGAAAGAAGCAUUGACUCAGAACAACGGUGUUCCUUCUGAACCUGAGGAGGAGGACAGGAGCCAUGGCAGAGGGAGAGGGAAGGAUCCAGCUGUAGAUGAGACCUCUAGCCCCAGCCUCAAAACAGAGGUUUCCUCAUCAGAGGGCUCCUCAUCAUCGUCCAAACCCUCCUACCCUCUCCGCAAACCUGUCUCCGGUAGACGCAUCAACUCUGGUCGACGGCAAUUCUCCCGGACAUCAGGCUUAGGGUCAGUGUUCCAGCCGAAGACACAGGAUGCAGAAAUGGACAGUGCCUCCUCCUCCUCCUCUUUGUCCUCCAGCCCAUCCCACAGCCAGGAGUCAGCAGCCAUCAGGAAAGACGAUGCGGUCACCAACUACGCCCAGGGUAAAAACACCUAUGACCAGCCCAGUGUCACAGAAACCAAACCCUCCACCUCCACCCCAGAGCAGGCCAUCUCAGAGCCCGAGGCCGAGGCACCUUCUGUGGGUAGGGGUCCUGCUCUGCCGGGCCGUGGAUAUGGUUACGGCAGGAGGAAACCUGGGAUCCUGUCUCGAGGGAAUCCAAAUGGCCGAGUUCUGACUGGACUCCGCAAACCUGGGUCCGCCUCAACAUCGACCGGAGGCAAGAUUCCUGAAACGUCACACACUCACGGCUCACACACUCCUAACGCGCAGGACUCAACACACCACCAGGAGAAAAAUGACCACAACGACUACAAAAACACAGAGACAGAGGCCACAAAAGAAGAAGAACCCACUUCCAAUUCCCAGACCAUAUCCUCUACACAUCCCUCAGAGGAGGACGCAAGAGAGGACAGGAGAGAGGAGAGAGGGAGAGAGGACAGGAGAGAGGGUGAGAGGGGAGACAGGAGAGAGGAGAGAGGGAGGGGGGAGAACAACUACAACACCCCAGCUCCCCCUCCCUCCAGGAUUAACCACUUUGGGAACCGUCACCAGAGCAGGUUUGGAAAAGGGACGGGGAGCAGUAGCAGGGCCUCCUCCCCCCGGGCGGACGGGAGGGUUCCCUGGAGCAGGACUACCUCCUCGUCCUCCGUUGGGGCAGGGAGACCCCUCCUUAGAGGAACCCCCUCCAGGACAGUUGUAUUGGGGGCAGCAGGAGCUACGGGGGCAGCAGGAGCCUCAGGGGAAUCGAGGACUUCAGCAUUGCAGGAGACCAGUGAGGACGCUAAAACCUCCUCCACCCACUACCCAUUAAAGAACAGGGAGGGGGCGGGGUCACCUAAACCCUCUCUGCCCAACAGGAAUGCAGUUCUAGGUGGAUCUAGGAAGCCCAUCACCUCCUCUUCCUCCUCCAACCCCUCCUCUAGUGGUCGUAGAGACUCCAGUGAGCCAGUCCACAGAGGAAGCAGCAUCAGGGAGGACAGCAGUAAUGACCAUGAGGAGGACUAUCUCUACGAGGGCAGUAAGGAGAUCUAUGAGAGGAAUGAGAAAGUCACAGACCCAUCCCCUGUCCCCAAAACUACUACCACCACUACCACCACUACCACUACCCCAGCCCCCAGUACCCCCCGCAGGGUGUCCCAGAGUGGGGAUAACGAGAAUGUGGACCCCAAGCCUGGUAGAACUAGACCCGGUUUAAUCCCUAGUUCUACGUUCCCCCGACGUCCCAUUUUAGGUCCCAACGGGAGGGUGAGAUCCCCCCUGCUCACAAACAGGCAGACGGCUUCUAGGUUCCCCUUUAGAGCACAACCAGCACAGAGCACACAGUUAGAUUCCUCUAACCCACACACAUCCCCUUCCUCUUCUUCCUCUUCCUCCUCUAGUCUGCCAGAGCCAGACCGCAGGGUUAACGGGGGCACUAGUGUUAGCACUGGAGGCUCCCCCCCUUCCCUCUCUCUCCCCUCCCUCAGACAGACCUCCUCUAGUGAGGGUUCCCAUGGUGACAGCCAGGGGUCUCAAGACUCCUCCUCCUCCUCAUCCUCAUCCAGAGACUCUUUGGGGGGACAGGGGACGAGGAUGCGCUACCCCAGUCGGUCAGACCCCUUCCUCAGGGGUAAAACCCCCAGCGGAGGCCUCAAGCCUGGCUACGGAAAUGGUAACGGAAACGGUAAAAAUGGCCGCCCCGAUCUCACAGUGACCAGUGACAAAGAGUCCAGCACACCUAAUGACAACACUAAACCUAAUGGACGAAGGUACAUCACUGGGCCUGGUGGAGCCAAAUGGGUGGUGGACUUGGAUGAGGGGGUCCUGAUGAACGAGAAUGGCAUGGUUCUCCAGGACUCUCAGGGCCGACCCAGGAGGGUGGUGCUGGGAGAGGAUGGACGCACCAUCUUUGACCACCAGGGCAGCCCAUUGGUGAACCAGGAGGGUCAGGCUCUGUUCGGUCAUGGUCGGGAGAGCCAACCAUUGGUCAACCCCAAAGACAAGUUCCUGACCGUGGGUGGCAAACCCGUCAUUGGCCUGGACCGGCCUAAACCCAGGACCACAACCACAACCACAACCACAACCAGACCUCCUACUACGACCACACCUGAACUAACCACGCUCCCAACCACCACUGAAAUGACCACAGAGGAGACCACGACCAUGCUGGUGUUCCCAUCUUGUCCUCCAGGAACGUUUUUGAUCAGGGAUGAGAAUGGAUUCCCAAUGCUGGAUGCUGAUGGUGUCCUGGACUGUUAUCCUGAAGAUGAGUUGUUGUGGCAAACCACCCUGCUCCCCACCCUGCCCCCUACCACCACCACCACCCCAGACCCCCCCACCCCUGAACCAGAGAGCAGGCCCUUCAACAACAGCCCUUCCAAUGAGUUCGACCUCACCGGGAAGAAACGUUUCACAGCUCCGUACGUGAACUUCAUCCAGAAGGAUCUGGGUGCUCCGUGCUCGCUGACGGAGGCUCUGGAAUACCUCCAGGUGGACGUCUUGGAGAACCUGUUCAAGAAAGACAGCCUGGCCUACAAUCAGAAACAGCCGCCCAAGAACAAGCCCCACAACAUCACCGUGGUCGCCAUGGAAGGCUGUCACUCAUUCGUCAUCCUUGACUGGGCCAUCCCCCUGAAGGACGACAUGGUGUCAGGCUACAUGGUCCACAGCGCCUCAUAUGAUGACAUCCUCAACAACAGGUGGUCCUCCAGCGCUUCCAGCGGCACACACCUGGCUGUAGAGAACCUCAAACCCAACUCCAGGUACUACUUCAAAGUCCAGGCAAAGAAUGUCUUUGGGCUGGGACCGAUUAGCGAUACGCUCACCUAUGUCACUGAAUCAGACGACCCUCUUCUUAUUGAACGGCCGCCUGGUGGAGAGCCUAUCUGGAUCCCCUUCUCCUUCAGAUUCAACCCCCAGCACAGUGCCUGUAAGGGCAGCCAGUACGUCAAGAGGACCUGGUACAGAAAGUUUGUGGGCGUGGUCCUGUGCAACUCGCUGAGAUACAAAAUCUUUAUGGGAGAUGGGCUGAAAGAAAUGUUCUACAGCAUAGCAGACACAUUUGGCCAUGGGGAGGACCACUGCCAGUUUGUAGACUCUUACCUAGACGGGAGGACAGGCUCCCCCAGCCUCUCAACGUAUCUGCCCACAGCACAAGGUUACUAUCGCUCAUACAGGCAGGAGCCAGUCAACUUUGGACCUAUCGGCCGGCGUACGCCACAUCCCUUCGUGGGAUGGUACGAGUGUGGGGUGCCCAUCCCUGGCAAGUGGUAACACAGGGGGUCACAAAGAGGUCAUCACCGAGGGCAUACAAACUCCAACCUGCUGCAGCCUCUGUCAUGCUCUCACUGACCCCGCCCCCUGGAGAUGAACUGUUGCUAACCACAGCAGAAAGACAACAACAUUCCAAACUUAUACUGCUUCAGAUCAAAGAGAAUAUAAUACUUUAAACAACACUAAUAUUUCCAUGUAUUCAUUACCAUGCACUUUUAUAAAAGCAGUUUGUAUAUGAGGGGGAAAAAGCAUGUAUUGCUAUUGCUUAGUUUAACUUUUGUCUUCCGGAUCGGAAAGAAUCCGUGUUUAUUCCCAACUAUUCUCAAGUGGAAGUGCACCUGUGAUCAUGACAACACUAAUGAAAUGGGAGAUCCUGUAAAAGACCAAAGCACAAACUGAACAGUACUAAUGGGAGCGAAGGGAUUGUAUGUGUGUUUACUAUCAAUCAAGAGAUCUUGUUCAUAACAGUAGUAUGAUACAGUAAUGGCUUUUGACAACUAGUUUUGGUGUCAGUUUUCUUGAACAUGCAUAGUGUUUUUAUAGUCUUUGGUAUUUACGAGACUCCAUAAGAUCAGAAGUUACUGUGGAAGUGUUGUAUGUAUACAGACAAUGAAUAACAAUACUUAAUAUUUGCUCAGGAAUGGUUGGACAUUAAAUAAAGGUGCUAUGAAAAA